UGACGCCCUUGACGGUUGCCAGCAACAAUCGAUCACAACAAACAUUUCGAAAGUUCAACUGUUGAUAUGUUCGAAUUUGGUUGAAAAUUUAGAUGUUCUUGUGCAUUUACCGUUUGAAAAAUACCUCAUAGUUCCCGCAGCCCAGUGAGAAUCGGCCGCCUUCAGCCUAGCAGUCCUGUGCAGCAUGAACUCACGAUAUUCGUUCAGUGAUAAGAUUGAGGACUACGAAGUCCACGAGUUAUUGGGCAAAGGCGGCUUCGCCUCCGUCUAUCGGGCAAUGUGUCGCAAGACUGGCAUAGAUGUGGCCAUUAAGAUGAUCGACAAGAAACUGAUGCAAGCAGAAGGCAUGGUUGGACGAGUGCAACAGGAAGUGUCCAUCCACUCCAGGCUGAAACAUCCCUCUAUACUGGAGCUCUAUACAUUUUUUGAGGACGCCAACUACGUGUACUUGAUUUUGGAGCUAUGCCACAACGGCGAAUUACAACAGUACACCAAGAGAAAAAGACUCAUCGAGAGCCAAGUGAGCAACGUGAUGAAGCAGGUGGUGGAAGGCAUCAAGUACCUGCACUUUCACAGCAUUCUUCACCGCGACAUUUCCCUUUCCAAUCUGCUGCUCACCAAAGAUAUGCAAGUGAAAAUUGCGGAUUUUGGCCUGGCCACGCAGCUGAGCCGCCCAGAUGAGAAGCACCGCACCAUGUGCGGCACUCCCAACUUUAUUUCGCCAGAAGUGGCAACCAGAGGCUCUCACGGGCUGGAAGUGGACGUGUGGGGACUGGGCUGCCUGCUCUACACUUUACUCGUGGGCUUGCCGCCCUUUGAAACUAACGGCGUCAAAAGCACUCUGACUAGAGUUGUAAUGGCCAGUUACAGCCUGCCUAGUCAUUUAUCGCCGGAGGCCAAGGAUCUGAUCAACUCCCUCCUGCAGAAGAAUCCGAAGGAUCGCAUAGGACUGGAGCAAAUUCUCGAGCAUCCUUUUAUCAAACGGAAUAUAGUGUUAAGCACCAAUUUGACUCAGGACAGCGGCAUUCAUACGAUGUCCAGUCGGCGGGACAGUGCCUUUAGCGAUGGCGCCCUCCCGAGCAGCUACAGUUCCAACAUGCUACACUUUCGGAAAGCCAGCAGCGAUUGUUUUCCAUGCGAGCCCAACUUGAUGCCGUCCAAUCGACAAACCCACAGUAUGGAGUACGCCCACCAUCAGCCGCCCCAUUUCAGCAGGGACCAAUACCAGGACGUUCCUGCAAGCCCUAGCCAAUACAGCAACAACUGCUAUCAUCCGAACGAUCCUGGAGGCGGUGGGCUUUCAGGUCACAGCGCCAGCCAAAUCCUGGCCGGUAUCCCCACCAAGACAACCCCGCUCCUAUCGCAGUGCUCAAACUCGCUGGGAAACCGCCUAGAGAACAUGUGCCUUUCGCAGGAAACUUCGCUGGCUCUGCCCCGCUAUCACAGCGGCAACAAGCCGAUGGGCGGCGUCGAAAAGUCGCAGACUCUGAUCCAGCUCUGCUCGCACCGACUGCUGCCGACACGGCAUCAGACAAAAAACGCCAUUCUGAGCAUCCAAGACGACGGCGAAGUCACCGUGGAGUUCAUCAAGAAGAAGGGCAGCCUGAAAAGGGAGCUUGUGUGCGAGAUCAUGCGGAUCUCACCUGAUGGUCUGCGGAUCGUCAUGUACGAACCGGAAGGUGGCCGAGGGGCAACUCCGUCCUCGGAGCCCGCGCCUCUGCCCGAGCAGGGCGCAGACCGAAUCUACAGCAUCGAGAAUCUGCCAGAGAAGCACUGGAAAAAGUACAUGUACGCCUUCAAGUUUGUGGAAUUGGUGCGAGCAAAAACGCCCAAAGUCACAUUCUACAGCGACAAGGCCAAGUGUCUGCUGAUGGAGAACCUGGUCGACUUCGAGGUGUGCUUCUACGAAGCAAGUUUUGCAGGUGGCAAAGUGACGCGAUCCACCACGGAAGGCGUGAGUCUGGUAGAACCGUCGGGGCUCAAGUAUAGCUUUCCAGCGGCUGGUGAGUGUCGCAACUUGACCGGCACUUUGGAACUCAUGUGGCAGCAUUGCCAAGAGUGUUUCGAGCACAGUUUGGCCCUCGAACAGACUCUCUCCAGGCUGCAGGGCACCAACUUUCCCAUCAUAGUCGGCCGGCGUCCCGCUGCCCUUUCAGCGACAUGCGGCAAGGAAAACAUCUCCAGAUCGGCGCUGCCGUCAUUCGCCAGCGGCAACUCGUUGGGCAAGCAAAAAGCCAUCGUGGUACCGGGGGUGGGCACCGCCAUCCAGCUGGCCAAUGGCGAACUUCAGGUGCAGUACCAUGACGGCGCCCAAUUGUGGGUGGACGGCAAGCACCACGUGCGCUACCAGUACCCCGACGGCCAAGUGGUGAACUACAGAGACACCGAUAGCAUUCCCAAGUCUAUCAUGGCCAAGAUGCAAUUGAUGCCCAAGGUGGUGCGCCACCUCAGCGCCCCAUUGCCCGCCAAACAGUUCCACAACCUGAGGUAGCGUCCACUCACCUUGUACAUUUGAUUUUAUUUUUAUUUAACUGUAUUGGAGUCGGAAAUAUUAAACGGCUCUGGUCUGGUUUCUGCAA